AACCUUGAAGGACUCGAUUGGCUCUGAGAGCCAUAAACAGCCUCAGCAAGACAUGUACCCAACCAGCCCGUGAGCUGCAACGCAUCAUACGUAUCCAGCCAAGGUUGUCACAAGGCACCGUCAAUUCCAGUCAAGGCCGCCGUGACAAGCCCGCCCACCGUAAUCCAUCAGACGAUACCACGGCAGCAGGAACUCUAGCAGGCUGCGCCAUUUAUGGCCCCUAAACGCAAGUCGCCCGAGAAUUUAACGCUACUUGGGCGCCUGACCUUUUUCCUCCAGAAAAGACUCGAGGUUAUUGAGCGCCAAAUCUGCGGUGGGGAAGGAGUGGAAGGCGUGUACGGGUCACUGACAAUUGCAACAUUAACUAUAGUCCUACUGGUUCUUGUCAGAGCUGGCCUCCUACGCACGAACAGCGUCUUCGGGGACAUCGGGGCUGGUGUUGGCAGGCUCUUAUUAUCGUACAAAAGCAUGAAGCUAAACCUGUCGAAUUCAUGGCAGGCUUAGGAUUCCCCGGACUCACCCUCCUUACAAGAUUGCCAAUAAGAACCUCAGGUCUGAUAGUAUGCACGCUUAGUUGCUGGUUGGUUUCCCGUUAGCAAUAAUUAUCUUACCAGACCUCGUCUUCUUGCAGGUGCCAACCAGACGUUUCAAGCAUAUAUCUUCCUUACAAGUCUUGGCAAGUCCAACAUGCUACCAGAAGUUCAAAUACAGGAACAGGCAGGUUCAAUAUCACUAACGUACCCGUGUAUUCUGUAUGCUGCCAUAUAUGUCAUGCUCUGGUUAGGGUACGUGUUUUCGACUCACUGUUGCCCUGGCCUCCCCCUCCUGUUUAGGAAUUCCUACCUCCUGCAGUGUACGACCUGCCCGUGAAUGACCAUACUCCGUUGUUAAUUAAAAUGAUGCAAGAAGACGAACAGGCCAAAAAGGCUCGGACCCUGAUUCCUCCCAAAGAAGCCAUUAUUGCGCCAAGCCCCAAUGCACAACAAGGGCAAGAGGAUGAUGCCUUUGAGCAGCUCGCCGAAGAGCCCCAGCAAGAUUGCGCUGCUCUUGGGACGGCCACUCUUCAACCCGCUAGUGCGGACUUUUCAGAUGUGCUGCCCACCACCGAGCACAACAAAGCACCACAGCUGGACCCGGUACAGCAGGACGGCACUCAACCAGCUCAAGACACCCAGGUCGACGGCGCUGUUGAGACCCAAGCCGCCACCUCCAUCAAUGGCACUGGCUCUGGCGGCGGCCUUACAGCGCUACCACCCGGGCCCUCCUCUGUGCUGAUGCAUGGUUACACUGGCUACGGCCAUACAGGUUACGGGGACCAG